UGUGGCUUCUUCGUGACGGCCGGGAUCCAUCUACCCCCCCUUUUUUUUUCUUUUCCAACUCCAGCGUUAGAGUUUAUUUAUUUUAUUUAGAGGUUAAACUCAACCGACAUGUUUGAGACCAGCAGUGACGACCUGUUCCUGCCCUCCUACCAGGACGAGGAGCUGGUGGACAACCUGCUGUCCAGCGAGGACUCUGAUGGAGACGGUGGUGGUGGUGGAGGAGGAGAAGGGGGAGGAGGAGGAAGCUCCCUCUCCUUAGCCAAGGCCCUCCUCCCCCUGGUGGACUCGUCCCCGACCCCCCUCAUCCCCUGGGUCUGCUCCACCCGCUACAAGACCGAGCUCUGCACCAGCUACUCGGCCAGCGGCUUCUGCAAGUACGCGGAGCGCUGCCAGUUCGCGCACGGCCUCCACGAGCUCCACGUGCCCUUCCGCCACCCGAAGUACAAGACGGAGCUGUGCCGCAGCUACCACACCACGGGCUACUGCUACUACGGCAGCCGCUGCCUCUUCGUGCACGGCUCCGCGGAGCAGCGCCCCACGCUGCGCCGGCGCAGGAACGUGCCGUGCCGCACCUUCCGCUCCUUCGGCGUCUGCCCCUUCGGCACGCGCUGCAACUUCCUGCACGUGGAGGGCGCGGACGCGGGUCGCGAGGAGAAGACCCCGCCGCCGCCGCCUCCUCCUCCUCCUCCCAGCAGCCCCCACCCGCAGGGUAAGGAGUGGAGGCCCCGGGGGGCUCUGUGCCGCACCUUCAGCUCCUUCGGGUUCUGCCUGUACGGAACGCGGUGCCGGUUCCAGCACGGCCUCCCCACAAAGCUGAAGACCCCCGAGCAGAGCCAGUCCCCGGGCAGCUCGGGUUUACCCUCGUCCACCUCCUCUUCGCCUCCGCCGACGCCUCCUCUGGACACGCCGCCCUCCGAGGCCACGGCCCACAACGCCUUCACCUUCUCCAGCCAACACCUGAGCGACCUCCUGCUGCCGCUGGCGCUGCACCUGCAGCAGCUGGAGAGCUCCAAGGCCCAGGACAUCUGGGACAACCGGGCACUCUGAUUGAAAGCACUCAACGCCACAAUUAAAUCUUUCUUUUUUAUAUAUAUAUUAUUAUAACCUCCCUUACUUUAGAUUUUUAUUUUUUAUUUUUAAAACUGAGGUGGUUUGACUUGUUUAUCAGCAGGUCAGUCUGGCCUUGACCUCCAGAGUAGCUCAGUCUCCUGAAUACUUACCGAUGCUAAGCUAGCUAUGUGUAAUAUUUUUUUAAAAACUAUUGUACAUAUUUUAAUCAAGUAAAUGAAACGUCUGACCUCUGUGUUGUAAAUAAACAGAUUUUAAACCUUA